UGAAUCGGACGGAAGGAGGAAUGGAAUGGAAUAGUUACUAGUUAGCAGUUGUUUUGAUGAAAACAAGCAGUAGAAGUGUCAAACAUAACCUAACUAACUCAUAAGUGCUGUUUACAAUCCAAUUUUUAAGUUUCUCAUUUCAGAUGAAAAUUGAUUGUUUGUUACCUAGUUGUGCUUACACUAACUAAUUACCUCUUGUUCCUCUUGUUGUUUGGUUUCUUAAAUCAUGGGGAAGACUUCCAAAGAUAAACGAGACAUAUAUUACAGGUUAGCUAAAGAACAAGGUUGGCGUGCUAGAAGUGCUUUUAAGUUAUUGCAAAUAAAUGAAUACUUUAACAUAUUUGAAGGUGUGACAAAAGCAGUUGACCUUUGUGCGGCUCCUGGUAGUUGGAGUCAAGUACUUGCAAAAAAGCUUCCCACUCCUGAUAGAAAGGAUGUGAAGAUUGUCGCUGUGGACCUGCAAGCGAUGGCCCCAUUGCCAGGAGUGGUACAGAUACAAGGGGACAUCACCAAGCUGUCCACCGCGGAAGAGAUCAUCAGUCACUUUAAGGGGGAAACUGCUGACCUAGUUGUUUGUGAUGGAGCCCCUGAUGUGACGGGAUUACAUGAUAUGGAUGAGUACAUACAAGGACAGUUACUUCUGGCCGCACUCAACAUCACGACCCAUGUUCUCAAGUUGGGCGGAACAUUUGUAGCCAAGAUCUUCCGAGGACGUGAUGUCUCUCUGCUCUACUCUCAACUCAGGAUAUUCUUUCCCAGAGUGACCCUUGCUAAACCCAGGAGUUCUCGUAAUUCAAGCAUUGAAGCAUUUGUGGUAUGCCAGAACUAUGCGCCACCUGAGGGGUAUGUACCAACAAUGGCCAACCCCUUGUUGGACAACACCAACUGUGACUGGUCAGAGCUGAACGGUAUCAACCGGCUCAUUGUACCGUUUGUGGCAUGUGGAGACCUUAGUGGUUACGAUUCUGACACCAACUACAGUUUAAAUUUGGAUGGAAAGCCGUACCAGUACACAGCACCUACUCAACUACCUAUUUCACCUCCAUAUGAAGAAGCUAUGGCCCUUAUCACAAAACCAGGAGAAACUGUUGUUCAACUGCCUGAUGGAACAAAUAAAGUUAAUCAAACAUAAA